AUGAAUUUUCCGUUUUGCCAAUCUGCACCUUUUCUUGGUUACUCGACAUGUUGUUCUGCUCUCAUCUCCUCUCGCUUUUUCUGUUACCUUCACUGGGAGCUGCAGAAACAGAAAGUAGUAAUUGGGACCAUUGGUUCAUCGGUUUUCCUGGAUCCUGAACACCAAGGUGAUCUCAGCAGGAAGGAAAUUAUAUGGACCUUCACCGGCAGCAACAAAAGCCUUGUUACUAUUUUGGAUUACGUUCCAGAUGAACCUGUGGAGGAACCAAAUGAACAAUUCAGAUCCCGUUUACAGUUUAAUGCUUCUACUGGCUGUCUGCUGGUAGACAGGAUAAAACCUGAGGAUCAAGGCGUUUAUCAUUUUGAUGUAGAUGUGAGAAGAACAACAAUAGAAUUGCUUCUCUUCUAUAAGUUGUCGAAAACUUUGAUAAGGAGCUACAGUGCCCCUGGUUACACCAUCCAACUCACCUGUGAGGUUAAAGGAGAUUCUCUUAAAUAUAAAUGGGAGAGAAACGGAGGGGAAAUCUCUCAGCGUCACUGGCUAAUUAACGAAAACAGAAGCCUCAUCAUCUUGACUGACUUGACAGGUGAAUGUGGAACGUACACCUGUGUUGCAUCCAACCCUGUCAGCUCUGCCCAGGCAAAUUACACCUUAAAUCCCCCAGGUGUUUCUGGUGAAGACUCUAUAAUUAUUAUUGCAUCAAUCACAGGACUGGUAUCAUCUUUGGUAUCUCACAGUGGAUUCUUGCUUCUGUCAUGGUUGGAGAAGAAAUCAAACCGAGUGUUUCAGAGCCUCAUUAUUUGCAACAUUUUGUCUGUUGUUGCUACCUUCGCUGCCCUCAUCUCCUGGAUUGCGAUUAAAGGUGCUGCCUUUAUAUCUGUUGUUGCGUUAUGCACUGUCUCUGUCCUGUUUUUGGCCAUAAUUACACCAAUUGUUAUUCUGAAAUUUGGCUGCUCCUUUAAUGGGAAAUUCCAAAGAACAAAAGGAUCUCAACCUUUCAUUGCCUUGAGUGGCUUCAUCAUAAUUCCCAUUUCAAUCACUGUCAUAAAGGAAGGGAUUCAGCAAAACAAUCAAAGUUGUCACACCACCAACUUAACAUGGAGCAUACCGAUUGCAUUAUUGGUCAGCUGUGUUAUUAUAAUGUCUGUGUUCCUUGUAAUAUAUCGCUGUAAAUACCACAGAAACAGAAAUGCAAGGUUUGAAGUAAGAGAGCAGGAUAAUGAAGACUUGUAAGAUUUCAGUAUUAUUGACGUAGAGCUGGGUGCUACAUCUGAUUUGCUUCAGACUUCUUUAAAAUGGAUAUGCCGGAUAUCAAAAGCAAACACGAGGAAAUCUGCAGAUGCUGGAUAUUCAAA